AUGAAGGACUUCUAUGUGACUGUCAUAGAAGUGAGAGGCAUAUGUGAACCAUUGACAUCAGCUACGUGUCAACAACAGAACAAAUGGCUACAGUGUAAUGGCAACAAAGACAAAUGUGAAUCAUUAAAUGAGAAAGGCAUUCUCCGAACGUCUCUUCGGAUUCCAGCAACCAGUAUACCAUCAAAACAGACAUCAUACUAUUGUAUGUUAUUUAGACUACCUAGAAAUGACACAUUCCAUCUUGUGGGAGCAAAACCGAUCAUUGAUAAUAAAGAUAUCACACACCAUAUACUUCUGUUUGGCUGUAACGAACAAGAAGGACAAAUAAUACCAUCGGAAGAACCAUAUGAAUGUGGAAUGUUAGCGCACAGACAAUGUGUCAAUAUUAUUGGGACCUGGACAGUUGGAAGUGAUAGCGAUUGUUUCCACCAUUCUACUGGAUUUAAAAUUGGAUCAUCUGGAUUCCAAACUGCAGCUUUACAGAUUCAUUGGAAUAAUCGAAAUAGAAUUCCAAACAUGACAUUUUCCUCUGGAUUAGAGCUUUUUUAUACUCCAAAUCUUCGACAAUACGAAGCUGGCAUGUUUGCUGUGGGACAAGAGUACCUAAACAUUCCACCGCGAGUUCCUAACAUAAGCUUCCGUUCGAGCUGUUCCAGUGCCUGUACAGAAGUGAUGUUUCCGAAAGGUGUUUUUAUUACAAGAGCAGUUAACCAUAUGCAUUAUAAAGGUAUACAACAAAAUAUAGAGAUAUACAGAGGAAACAAGAAAAUAAGAGACAUUACUCAUGAGCAGGAAUAUACAUAUGACAAACCAGUAUUUUAUCAAUUUGAUCCUCCUAUAAGGAUUCGUCCUGGGGAUGAAAUUAGAACUACAUGUACAUAUUCCUCUCUAUCGUCAAACGAAACUAUAUGCACUGUGAUACUACGUGUUCUUCGAACUGUACUGAAAAAGUCCGAAAUCUACGAGAACAUGAAUGCUUACGCGGUGAUCUAG